CUACUACUACUCCCUUUUUUGGUUUCCGUCUCCGCGGCUGUUUUGGGUCAGGAACUCGAGCCCAGCUCCAGUCACGUCUUCUCUUCUUCAGGCAAUCUCAUUCAGCAAUGAAGGCCGCCACGAUCGUUGCCCUGGCGAUCGCAUUCGCGGCCCCCCGCGCGACCGCGGAGGAGGUCAGCCCGGUCGGGAAGGUGCUGCAGCUCUUGUCUGACUUGCAGGCAAAGGUUCGGCGAAUUGUUGGCGAGGGGGAGAAAUCGCAGAAGGUCUUCGAGGAGUUCUCCGAGUGGUGCGAAGAGCGCAGCAAGCAUCUCUCCUUCGACAUAAAGACGGCCGAGUCGGAGUCUACGCAGCUCAAGGCCACCAUCUCGGAGGAGGCGGCCCUGAUCGCGUCGCUGACGACCAAGGCCGAGAAGCUAGCGUCCGACAUCGCCACCGACCAGGCCGAUCUGAAGGCGAGCACAUUCAUCCGCGAGAGGGAGUCCUCGGAGUUCUUGUCGGAGAAAACGGAGCUGUCGGAGAUCAUUGACACGCUCGAACGGGCCAUCGGCCUCCUUGAGAAGCACGGCGCAUCGAUGCUGCAGCUCAAGUCGGCUGGCACUGUGGCCGACGCCCUCGCCGUGAUGGUCAAGGCCUCCAUGUUCAGCUCCGCCGACGCCGAGAGGCUGAACUCCUUCGUGCAGCAGGGCUCGGAGGACGGCGGGGACAACAUGGGCGCGCCCUCCGCCGCCGUGUACGAGGGGCACUCCGCUAACAUCGUCGCGACCCUGACGGACCUGCUCGAGAAGGCGCAGGGGCAGCUCCAGGGCGCCAGCAGUGCCGAGACGGCAAACUUGCACGCAUUCCAGCAGCUCAAGCAGUCGAUCGAGGACGAGAUCGCGUACGGCGAGAAGGAGCUGGCGGAGGCCAAGGCGGGGAUUGCGUCGAGCGGCGAGAGGAAGGCCACGGCGGAGGGAGACCUCUCGAGCACGUCCGCGGCGCUCGGCGCGGACGCGAAGACAAGGGGUGACCUGCACCAGGAGUGCAUGACCAAGGCGCAGGAGUUUGAGGCGGAGGUGAAGUCCCGCGGCGAGGAGCUGAAGGCACUGGCCGAGGCGAAGAAGGCCAUGGUCGACAACACCGGAGCUGCCGCCUCUCUCUCGUACGGCCUCAGCCAGGUCUCUCUGCUCCAGAGGCUCAGCACCAGCACCGACCUGGCCCACUUCGAGGCGGUGCGCUUCAUCAGGGACCUGGCGCACAAGCAGAACUCCAGGUCCCUUGCGCAGCUCGCCUCCCGGAUGGCGACGGCCGUGCGGAUGAGCUCCGGCGGGGCCGACCCGUUCUCGAAGGUGAAGGGGCUCAUCAAGGAUUCUGCAGGCUAG